AUGAUGCUGCCUGUAAAAAAGGAUUAAACUCCGGGCGCCACCUCGCUCUUGGAUCGGCUGCUGGUGGAGAGUACCGAUUUGGCACCGGGCCGUUGAGAAAGGAGACAUGCCGUCGCUGAGCAUCCGUUGCGACGCUUGACUGACCAUGAUGAAGACCGAAUCCACAUCCAAGAGCACCGGCUCCGGCUCCACGCUCAGGAGCCCAUCCCCGCACAGGAACGCGUACGAAGCGGGGAUGCAGGCCCUGAAGCCCGUAAGAGACAAUGCCGCUAACGGGGACCUGCAGGACGGCCCCCGGGGGCGCAGGUACGGCUCCAAUGUGCACCGUAUCAAGAACAUGUUCCAGCAGAUGCAGACCACAUCCCCGGCCGAUGCGGAGGGAGAGGAAUGCGCCAGGAACGCCGACAAAUCGGUGCGCCUCUCCCUCCCCAGAGCCGGCAGCCUGAACGAGAACGUGGACCACAGCGCGCUGCUGAAGCUGGGAUCCACCGUGUCCGAGCGCGUUAGCAAAUUCGACACCACCAAACCGGAAAACGGGCACCCGCGGGCCUCGUCGCCCAGCUACUCCAAGCUGCAGGAGACCCGCCGCAUCUUCGAGCAGCAGCAGCAGGAGCGACAGCAGCAGGAGGAGAGGCAGCAGCAGGAGGACGAGGACGACGAGGAGGACGAGAGACAGCAGGAGCAGGAGGAAGAAGAAGAGGAGGAGGAGGAGGAUGAGAGACAUCAGCAGGAGGAGAGGCGGCAGCAGCACGAGAAGCUGGCCACCACCAGGGUCCUGCUGAAGACCGACAAGGCCUCAGGCUUCCAGGAUGGCAGGUUGGACGUGAUGGCUCGUUUCAACGGCAGCACAGAGUCCCUGGACAGCCUGGACGCCUGCGAGGCCGUGUCCCCGACGGUCAGCCAGCUCAGCGCCGUGUUCGAACGGGCGGCCGAACUCCGGAACAACCUCCACCGCCUCUCCUCUACCCCGCCGCUCCCCUCCCGGGGGGUCAGCGCCAAGGUGGGUGUGUUGAACUCGAAAAUAAUCACAAAGAGGGUUUGUGCCUUUGCAGCGGGCAACCCGGAGGAAGAUAUCAGAAAUCCGAUGGGCCUCGAGGGGCCUCCGAGGGGCCCCAGGGGGAGGAUGACUCCUCCAUCUGAAAGCUGUAAUGGGGGUCAAAGCCCGCCGGACACUGAACUUCACAGCACCGCAGGAGAGCCACACGAGCAGCGAGAAAAGACAGUGUCCGACGCAGGCGUUGAGGUCAAACCCGAGGAACGCUACGGGGCCAAGGGCCCCAACAGCACAACACUGCAAGGUGACAUCCACGUCUCUGUGGAGAACGGAGACGCCGCUGCCCAGAAGCAGAGCUCUCCAAAGGGUGGCGCGGUGGCCAGGGAUGCUGUGGACAAACAAGACCGGACUCUCAGAGAAGACCAGUCGGGGCGCGACUCUGUGGAUAUCAGUACCUACAGCGCGGUGGGGGAGGACUUUGGAGGAAGCCAGGUGGACGAGGAGGAAGAAGAGGUCGAUGACAGCUAUGAAACCGAGUCCAGCUGUGUGGAGAUCUCCGGGCUGCCUGUGGAGGAGGACCCGCCCCCCUCCAGGAAGAUCCACUUCAGCACAGAGGCCAUCAAGGUGUUUUCCACCUACCCCAACGAGGACUACGACCGGCGCAAUGAAGACGUGGAUCCCAUGGCAGCGUCUGCAGAGUACGAGCUGGAGAAGAGGGUGGAGAGGCUGGACCUGUUCCCCGUGGAGCUGGAGAAAGACGGCGAGGGCCUGGGCAUCAGUAUCAUCGGGAUGGGCGCUGGGGCCGACAUGGGCCUGGAGAAGUUGGGCAUCUUUGUCAAGACGGUCACGGAUGGAGGAGCAGCACACAGGGAUACCAGGAUCCAGGUGAACGAUCUGAUUGUGGAGGUGGACGGGACCAGUUUGGUGGGAGUCACCCAGAACUUUGCUGCCUCCGUACUCAGGAACACCUUAGGAACUGUCAAUUUCGAUCGGCGAGAAAAGCCGGGAGAGCAGAGCGAGGUGGCCCAGCUGAUCCAGCAGACCCUGGAGCAGGAGCGCUGGCAGAGGGAGAUGAUGGAGCAGCGCUACAACCAGUACAUGGACGAGCAAGAGGGCGGUGAAUACGGCACAGACGAGGAAGAAGACGAGGAUGAGGAGGCCAGUCCGCCGUAUCCCAGCGCCAUCGAGGUGUUUGACUUGGUGGAGAACGAGGACAUGUCGCCCCUUGAGACGGACCCGGAGAAACUGGCACAUAAAUACAAAGAGCUCCAAAUAAAGCAUGCUGUGACCCAAGCCGAGAUCCAACAGCUGAAAAGAAAGCUGCACCACGCGGAGCAGGAGAAGCAGCGCUGGCGUAUGGAUAAGGCCCAGCUGGAGCAGACGCUGCAGGAGAACAAAGAGCGCAUGGACAAGCUGGAGGGUUACUGGAUGGAGGCUCAGAGCCUGUGCCAGGCGGUGGACGAGCACCUGAAGGAGACGCAGUCCCAGUAUCAGGCCCUGGAGCGCAAGUACAGCAAAGCCAAGCGCCUGAUCAAGGAGUACCAGCAGAAGGAGAUCGAGUACCUGAAGAAGGAGGACCAGCGCUGUGCACAAGUAGGAGCUGAGGCCUCUCUUCUCAAAGAGGAGUCUGGGCAACUCCAGGAGCAGGUGGCUGACCUAGAGUGCCGCGUGGAGGAGCUAAAAUCUGAUCCUUUAUAAAAAUGAAAAGCCUUUCGUCCGCUGCGAAGACGGUGUUAUUGUUCUUGACCUGCAGGGUAUUUCCUCGAGCUUGGUUCCAGCCACUUAACCCUUUUAAUCAUGUUUUUCUGUUACCAUUAAUGGGAUUGUGAAGAACGGUUUUAUCAUCACAAAUACAGACUCUGUUGAGCUCUAGAUGUGCUGUUCCUUUCCAGUAUUUAAUCCCUUCAUUUGUGUUUUUGUUACAGAGCAGGCUGUUGCUUUUAAUUGCCAAAAAAAAAAACUCCCUUUCUUUCUUUUGCCUCGUUUUGUGACAUUUUGUUGUUGUCGUUUUCUUUUUGUACAGAUGUGAUACUGUGUGGUUUAACAAUCAGUUUGGUUUGUACAUUUUUUAAUGUGUAUAACAUUUAACAUAAUAUAAACUAAUGAGAUUGAGGGUCGUUGUAUAUUUUAUGUGAUGUGAAUUGGAUGGAGAUUGCACUGAAGAAGACAUCAACAAGGUGCUUCACUGGAACAGAGGAAGAAACGGGAAACUAUGUUUUAACCCUCCUGUCGCCUUCGGGUCAAUUUGACCCGAUUCAAUGUUUAAUGUCGGUGUUCUUUCGGGAGUCAACAAACAAACAUAAAGUACCUCACACUUAAACUUGGAAAACAAUAUUAAUUCUAAUAAUUUUCUGGAGAUUUUAAUAGCUGGGGUCAUAUUGACCUCAAGGGUAAAAUAUGUUAGUAAAUAUAAAGGUAACAGGAGGGUUAAACAUUGAAUCGGGUCAAAUUGACCCGAAGGCGACACAAGGGUUAAAGGCGUCUGCGAAAUAUUAUAAAGUGUAACCCGACCUUCGUAGGGGUCAUGCCACUUAACCUUGAGAACCACCUGCUGCCUACCUUUGCAAAAGUGUUUGUGUAUUUUUUACACACCAAAAGACUCGUCAAUGAGCGUCCAACCCCUCCGAUUUCAACCUCUCGCUUCUUUUUAAAAAAAGGAAAAAAGAAAACAAGAAAAAAAAAACGGACCAGAGAAACAAGCCUCUGCACAAAUGGAUCUCUCUCUCCCCUCCAAAUGGAUGUUGUCAAGGACUUGUGUAACUGGUAUUAGUUAGGACUACUGAUGAGAAACAUUACUGGACUGGGAUUGUGAAAAGGAAGCCGUAACCAGCAGCAAAGAUAUCGAUUUUAAAAAGCUUGUGUCUCGAACCAGCAGCUGCACUUGACACAUGGAAUACACUGCCUGGUUUACGCCCGUUUCAAUUUACGCACAGUUUAAAAUGAAAUUGAGUCUACUUGUGUCAACUGUCAUACCAGUAUGUUUGUAUAGUUCAGGUAAAUCUGAAAUAUUUUAAUUUUUACUUAAUAUUUAUAAUAUAGUCACGGUGGAAAUAUGAGCUAAAAAGGGACAAAAAGUGACAAAAGCAAUGUUCAGAAGGCAGUUUUACUGUCAUUUAAAAACAACAAAAUUGAUCUGGAUGGCUACAGAAACAAAUAUAAGAUUAAUGAAUUGAAGAAGAAAAAAAACAGGCAUGGUUAUGAGUAUUUUCAUAAUAUUAAAGCUUGUACAGUGCACAUGCUUUGCAUUGUAUGUUUUGUGGAAUAAAUGGUCAACAGUGA